CCGCUUUUGGCGAGCCGGCCAAUCCCUGGGGGUGGGUGUGGCUUUGAAGCCUCCAUCGAAUCCUAGGACAUUGAUGGAUCAGGCUUCUUCUUCUGCUGCUGCUGCUGUUUGCUGCUAUUCUUGCUCCUCCUCAUCCAUGACUCCAGCACUGCUCCCCGCAAAGCAUAGCCAGAUUGCAAUCCCCUACGACCCUACAGCCAACUCGAAUUCGACUUAGAAUCGACUCAAUUCAAGCACAGUUGCAAGUGGGAGUGACACAACUUCACUGCAUGCCAAUGCUACCUCUCCGCCCCCCACUUCAGGAUAAUAUGACGAAUGUGUUGUUACCCAUUGCUCAUCGUGUGGGUGCAGAACCAAGACAGAGAUUGAACUUUCGAUUGUUUGGAAUGCUGUGAGUUAGUCGAGAGGAUUCGGGGUUCUUACUUUGUGUUUGAAUGUGAUUUUUCUUUUUUUUCUUUUUUUUCUUUUUUUUUGUGGUUUUGUUGUUGCUUUAUCUCAAUGGUCCCAGGUCCUUGCAGUCUAGAAGCCUCACCUUGGCACCAUGGACUCCGACGUGCUGAUAUUGUCAGCUCCUUCGGGAUGGAUGCGCCACUGGGUCGAUUGACUCGUCUCUCGCAUCCUAGAACUCUCAAGUUUCCACUUUGCAGCAAGAGUUCCGUGCCAGUGCAAUCCCGCUGUCGGCAGUUUCACGCUGAGAGACUAAGUUCGAGAGUGCCAUUGCCGUCGCGCGCCAUUAACCGCCCAGGAAUUCUGUCAGUGCGGCACCACGAGCGAUACAGGGAUCUUUUGGUGUCUACGAACUGGAAGGACAUCGACAUUGCAGAAUUGCGGGCCUUGUUGACCUCCACUUCCCAGAACUGCGAUCAGUUUUCCAAAUUUAAUCCCGAUGGGUCACUGCUCCAAGUGAAUCCGGUGAAGCUUCAACGCGCAAUUCAGCAUAGCUUCAUCGUGGUGGCGAUGUACAUACGAGGGGAGCUGGAGGAAGAUUACUUUCCCGACCGACCUGAGGCGGACACCAACACCCGUCCCUCGCAGAAGCGAACAUUGAUUGCCUUUGGGCGGGCCACUUCUGAUCGCACCCUCACGGCCUCCAUCCACGACGUCGCCGUGGCGCCAUCACUCCAAGGGGAAGGAAUUGGUCGCCGUCUCAUGCUGCGGCUCGUGCGAGACAUUUCGCGGCACGGCAUCUGCGACAUCUCUGUGAUGGCCGGUCGUGACACCAGACCUUUCUUUCGGGCGUGUGGAUUUGGGUCUGACGUCCUGGGAUCCACGUCCAUGAUGUACACUGCUGUAGAGGAUUGCAGCGACGAGGAGAGCAGAGCUCCGGCUCUGCUUGUCCCGCCCCCUCUUCAAGAAUCCUGGAGGGCGAAAGCAGCGCGUAGCAGAAAAAACAAUGUAUCAGCAGUUUAGGGACUGAACUAGUCGUCAUUAGAAAUGUAUUAUAUGCUUUUCACAACAAUCAAUUCUUCUCCUCAUCCA